AUGCCCACCGCACAGCACAACCUGGCCGCUGCCACAACAGUCUAUGCCCAUCCGAGAGGAAGUGCACCCGCUGGCCUCCCGAGGCGGGCAACCAUCAUGGACACGGUAUAUUUCGACGUCACCAUCCCCCCUGCCAUCCCACUCCACGUUGGCCAGCGCAUCCGAAUCAAACUCCUGAGAGAGAGGACUGAGGACGAUGGCGAGAGAGGACAGGCGAGAGGACCUACGAAGUACUGGUCGGAGUUGACGAACAUUGAAGGGACGAUCACCGCAGUGCGAACGAUGGAGCUGGCCAUAACGGAGUUCGUUGUCAGAAACGAGGACAGACGAUCCCUCACGGAGUUUGCGUACCUGGCGACUCCGCACGCCGAGGGUGAAAUGGUACGCUUCGAGAUCUGGAGAAGAGCGGCGAGGACGCUCCUACUCCCCCUCCUCCUCCACACACGCCAAAUCAAGAUCGAGAGAAACGCAGACGUCCGCCCACGAACGUACAGCAUCUGGAGGGAUGAACGGCCGACGGAGGACUCGGAGAGUGAGGAUGAACCGCCUGCAUACGACGGCUGA